AUGGAAACAAUCGUAACCCAUCUCCUUCAACAACAUCAAACCAUACAAAACCACCACCGUUUGACCACCAUCAAGGUUGCGGCGACAGGGGAGGUACCCACCAAAGAAGGUCCGAUGGGAUUCAUCCCACCCGAACUCAACCCCAACAUCUCAUCUCCAAUCUUCGCCGGAAGCACCGACGGGCUGCUAAGAAAAGGAUUUAUGGGUUUUUGGUUGACAAAUUUUCUAGGUUUUAUUUUAGAUUUCCUGAUUUUGGGAUGGUCGUCACUACCAUCUACAUCCCCUGUUCUUGACUUCAACUCACAAAUCAGAAAUCAAGGUAGAGAGAUAUCUCUUUAG